UACAAGUACAAACACAACUACAGCAAUGCUGGCAACGGUACUCGUAUCUACUGCUGCAUGUCCCAUGUUAAUUGCCCCAAACGGCUGCGGCUGUCUAAGGUGGAAGGCGAAGCCCAGGACGAAAGCGGAGCUCAGUUUGUUUUGGAGGAGACAGACAUGCAUGGAGACGAAGAUCAAGACACUCACCGCCGUGGAAUUCACGGUGCGCUGAAGCGAGAGAUCGACAGCAUUCUGUUCAGCGGCGCUGGACCAAAGAAGUGCCGGAAGCUGCUGCUAGAUCGUCACGGAGACAACCCAGUCAUGCUUCAGCAUUUACCCACGGAAAGUCAGCUGAAGAACCGAAAAGCUGGACUCCGGAAGAAACAGUCAGGUGGGUGGGAGAUUCACAACUUCGCGACUCUACUAGAGUGGGCGUACACACAUUUGUGUACAUUGAAGAGUGGCUUCUUUGGUCACGAUGACGACAUCAGCGCUGCGGACGCCGCAACGCAGUUUGCCAACAAGUCCCGCCAGUUUCAGCACGGUGUGGUCGUUCUUGAGUGCUUUGAACACGACUUCAUUGACCAGGAUGGCAAGGCAGCAAAGUCUUUCGGGCUCAUAUUGACUUCGCGUCACAUGCUCCUGAACAUUCCCAAGGCCUACGAAUGCCAGCAGGAUAUUGGCGUCUUGGGUGCUACGGAUGGAACAUAUAAACUGCAUUUCGGUGGAUGGACCCUCGUAGACUUUGGGACCUACACGAUGCACUAUUCGCGGAAACAGUACUCCAAAACAUUUGUCCCUUGGAUGUAUAUGUUUGUCAAGACAGAGCAUCACACGGCGUACGCAACGCUUUUUCGGACUGCCAAGCACUUUACCCGACUUCGAGAGAAGAUCAAGCUACUCAAGGACCCUGCGUUCUACGAAGACAACGUGCUACCCGACAUUCGCUAUCUCAGUAAAGCUCGCUCGGCCAAGCAGUUCAAGGCGCUCAGUAAACUCUUUCUCGAGUUUUGGAUCCAACAAAACGAGCGAGACUACGCCAAGUGGUUCAAGGACAUUUACUUGGGUGACACGUGGGGGAACUGGUUCUACGUCGCCGCCGCCGCAGGCAUAACACCGUCCCAGAAUGCCCUUGAGGCUCAUCACCGCGUGAUCAAGAAGGUGUGUGUCGGGACGCUUCGGGCAAGUACAUCGGUCGUCUUGAACGACUCAAUUCCUCGUAUUCUUGGUCUCCAAGAAAGCGAGCCAGCUCGCCCUGCUCUAAACCACUUCUCGGAAGAGAAGUCUAAUCACUACAUGAUCAAGGACACACGGGCGAAGUUUGUGAAGGCGUUCUUGUUUAACGCUUCCAAGUUCGUGGUAUCGCCCAAGAACAUUCACAGUGCUCUCACUGUUUAUUUGUUUCAUUUUGGCAGCUACAGGAACUCCAUCAACGGCAAACUACCGCCAGGGAUGACUGUAAACCUGGUGGAAUUGCACUGCUUGUUCAUUCACCAAGUUCGAUUACUGAGCAGAGAUCCACUGCUCGAUGGUGGAAUGAUAACGGCUGCACCAUCAAUCCCCUCCCAAACAAUUCAGGCGAUUCGGAAGAAGUAUGUGUGCGACUGCGCCCUGUUUUACCAAACAGGGUGGCAAUGCUCCCAUGUCGUCGCUGCCAUGACAUUGCAGAAGGAGAUCAGCAUUCAAGGGAUGCUAAGGGCGUUGCCAACGAGAAAGCUAAGUGGUGGGCAGCGCAAGCGCGUGGGUCCGCUCACAGAAGGCGGAGACAACACUCACCGAUUCUCCGUCGACGUGCCGAUUCGAGAGUUCUUCAAGUACCCUGCCAGACCCCUACAUUGGAACCUCAUGAAAGAAUUCAAAUUUCCCGAUGACUCCGGUAGUGAGGUGGAGCAGUUUCUGUUGGGAAAGGGGUUCUCGUGGGGGGAGACCAACGACGUCUUCAUCUGGAUAACGAAGUUUUCCAACGGUGCGCAAGUCAAGCUGGAGUGCCAAGAGUUAGCCGAGUGUCUUAACAGGGCCUACACCCAUGGAGCAGAUGUUGCUGGAGCCGUGGCCUAUUAA